CCACGAGCUGAUCCCAUCCCGAUAUGUAGCUUUUGUUUGGGAACGAAAGAAUCAAAUCGUGAAAAAAAACCAGAAGAGCUGUUGUCUUGUGCAGACUGUGGCAGCAGCGGACAUCCAUCAUGUUUGAAAUUCUGUCCUGAGUUAACAACAAAUGUGAAGGCCUUAAGAUGGCAGUGUAUUGAAUGCAAGACAUGCAGUGCAUGUAGGAUCCAAGGCAAAAAUGCAGAUAACAUGCUUUUUUGCGACUCCUGUGAUAGAGGGUUCCACAUGGAGUGCUGUGACCCACCACUUUCCCGAAUGCCAAAAGGGAUGUGGAUUUGCCAGGUCUGUAGACCAAAGAAGAAAGGGAGAAAGCUACUUCAUGAGAAAGCUGCCCAAAUAAGGAGACGAUAUGCAAAACCUAUUGGACGACCGAAAAAUAAACUAAAGCAACGAAUGUUGUCUGUAACCAGUGAUGAAGGAUCCGUGAAUGCAUUCACAGGAAGGGGGUCACCUGGUAGGGGUCAAAAGACUAAAGUCUGUACCACACCUUCAUCUGGUCAUGCUGCAUCUGUGAAGGAUUCAAGCAGCAGAUUGCCUGUUACAGACCCCACUCGGCCUGGUGCCACCACCAAAAUCACCACCACCUCCACCUACAUAUCUGCCUCUACACUUAAAGUUAACAAGAAAACCAAAGGGCUCAUUGAUGGCCUUACUAAGUUCUUUACACCAUCACCUGAUGGUCGCAGAUCACGAGGUGAAAUAAUAGACUUUUCAAAGCACUAUCGUCCAAGGAAAAAGGUCUCUCAGAAACAGUCAUGCACUUCUCUUGUGUUGGCUACAGGUACCACACAAAAGCUAAAACCUCCACCUUCUUCACUUCUACCCCCAAACCCCAUCUCUAGUCAGAGCCCCAGUUUGCAAAAAUCCAGCACUUCCACUUCUUCUAACUCUCCCCAAAGUUCUUCCAGUCAGUCAAGCAUACCCUCCUUUAGUAGCCUUCCUAAUAACAGUCAGCUAAAGGGACUCUUUGAUGGACUCUCUCAUAUCUAUACUACUCAGGGACAGUCUCGAAAAAAGAGACACCCAAGCUAUGCACCACCCAAGCGUUUGCAUCGUAAAGCAGAAUUAUCUUCCGCAUCAAAAUCUGAUAACCGUUUCUAUGGAAAGAAAGAGGUUAGGAGUAGGUGUAUUUCUCAUGCCUGUACCUCAGUAUGGGGUGUGUCUAGAGGACAUGCUUUUAAGGCAAUUGCUCACCUCAAGAGAACAACUUUUCUUAAAAAGCACAGAAUUCUAGGCAGAUUAAAGUAUAAAGUGACCCCUCAGAUGGGGACCCCCUCACCAGGGAAGGGGAGCUUGGCAGACGGAAGGAUUAAACCUGAUCAGGAUGAUGAUACUGAAAUCAAACUAAGCAUCAAACAAGAAAAUAUGGAUGUAUUUCUGGUGGGAAGCAAGGACACUGUCACACAGGAGGAUUUGGAAGUAUUUAAGCAGGCUCGAGAGCUUUCCCUGGAGAAAAUUGGGUGUAAAAACACUGGUGAAACAAGUGGGCGAUACCCUUCAGUGAUUGAGUUUGGAAAAUACGAGAUUCAGACCUGGUACUCCUCACCUUAUCCACAGGAAUAUGCAAGAUUACCAAAGCUUUACCUGUGUGAAUUCUGUCUCAAAUACAUGAAAAGUAAAAACAUUUUGUUAAGGCACUCAAAGAAAUGUGGCUGGUUUCAUCCUCCAGCCAAUGAAAUCUACAGAAGAAAUGACCUUUCAGUAUUUGAGGUUGAUGGAAAUGUGAGCAAAAUAUAUUGUCAGAAUCUUUGUUUGUUAGCUAAGCUCUUUCUGGACCACAAAACCUUAUAUUAUGAUGUUGAACCCUUCCUCUUCUAUGUCCUUACAAAAAAUGAUGAGAAAGGCUGCCAUUUAGUUGGAUAUUUCUCUAAGGAAAAGCUUUGCCAGCAGAAGUACAAUGUCUCCUGCAUAAUGAUCAUGCCCCAAUACCAAAGGCAAGGAUUUGGAAGGUUUCUCAUUGAUUUCAGCUAUUUACUUUCUAGAAGAGAAGGUCAAGCAGGAUCCCCUGAAAAGCCAUUGUCCGAUCUGGGGCGUCUUUCAUACUUGGCUUACUGGAAAAGUGUCAUAUUAGAAUACCUUAACUGCCACCAUGAAAAACAAAUCAGCAUCAAAGGAAUGAGUCGAGCUACUGGAAUGUGUCCACAUGACAUUGCCACAACCCUGCAGCAACAUAGCAUGAUAGAUAAAAGAGAAGAUAGAUUUGUAAUUAUUAGAAGGGAAAAGCUGAUUUCAAGUCACAUGGAGAAACUGAAAGCGAAUCCACGUAUCAAUGAAGUAGAUCCUGAAAGCUUGAGAUGGACUCCUUUAUUAGUUUCUAAUGCUGCUGUUUCUGAAGAAGAGAGAGAAGCGGAAAAGGAGGCUGAGCGUCUGAUGGAACAAGCUAGCUGCUGGGAAAAGGAAGAGCAAGAAAUAUACUCCACGAGAACUAAUAGUAGGCAGUCACCUGCAAAACUACAAUCUAAAAAUAAAUAUUUGCGAUCUCCAGAAAGUGUGGCAGUGGUGGGGGAGCGAGGGCAAUCCACAGAGCAGUCUAAGGAAAGCAGCGAGGACGAUGGUGAGGAUGAGAAUCAGCAGAGUUCGCCUCCCCGGCUGACAAAGCCGCAGUCGCUGGUCAUGAAAAGAAAGAGACCUUUCGUACUGAAAAAGAAGAGGGGCCGUAAACGCAGAAGGAUUAAUAGCAGUGUUACAACAGAGACAAUUUCUGAAACAACAGAGGUGUUGAAUGAGCCAUUUGAUAACUCAGAUGAAGAGCCUCCCAUGCCACAACUGGAACCUACCUGUGAGGUGGAUGGAGAAGAUGAUGACUUGAAGCCUGUGAUUAGAAAAGCUUUUGAGUAUCAACCUGGGCAGCAGAAACAGGAGAAGGAGGAGGAGGAAGAUCAGAACAAGGAGGAGAAAGAUAUUUGUUGUUACAGGAGUGAUGACAAUUGUACAAAUAAUACAGAGGAUGUAGCUGUAUUGGAAGAAAGCACUAAAGACAAUCUUGAACCCUUGAAGAGUAAGCAGAUUUGGCCCAAGGGAGUUAAGCAUGGUCCAUCUAAAUGGAGGCAAAGCAAAGAAAGAAAACCUGGCUUUAAGCUUAAUUUAUACACUCCACCUGAGACUCCUAUGGAGCCUGACUAUCAGGUGCUGGUGGAGGAACAAAAGGAAGGAGCUGAAGACAAGCCCUGCUCAGUUCCUGCUGUUACGGAGGAGACAGUUAAAGAACCUGUUGAAGUAUCACCACCACCAGACAAUGAGGUAAAAGAGGUAGAACCUGAACCUCUGCAUCCACCCAGUGAACCCUUUGAAACACAAGAAAAUGAUAUGAUGAAAGCUGGGGAAGAAGAAAGGAGUGUAGAAGAAGGUGACAUCAAUUUAAAAGAUCAAGAAAAAGACAAAGCAGAAGAGGAGUUUUUGCAAAAAGAGGAGUCCGUGCAUUUGGAUGAUCAGGAGGAGGAGGAGGAGGAAGAUGAAGAACCUUCUCACAAUGAGGAUCAUGAUGCAGAUGAUGAAGAUGAUAGCCACAUGGGUUCAACAGAAGUGGAGAAGGAGGAAUUGCCUAGUGAAGCUUUCAAAGAAAUGCUGGAAACACAGCCAUCUUUUUUAGACGUAAAUGUUCAAACUGGUAAUUCAAAUCAAGAGGACUUAAUGGAUUGUGGUGUUGACCUUGCAGCUGAUGAGUGUGAAGGUGACCAGAAAGAACUUGCUACAGAUUCAGAACCAGUGCCUGAGUCUGAUGAUGAUCAUACAGAUAACAACCAGGACCAAAAAGCUGGUGAAGAAUUACAUUCCGAUUUCAAGGGAGAGAGUGCUGAGACCAUGGAGAUUGAUUCAGAGACAGUUCAAGCAGUGCAAUCUCUAACCCAAGAAGCAAGCGAACAUGAAGAUACGUUUCAGGACUGUGCAGAGACUCAAGAGGCCUGUAGAAGUUUGCAAAACUAUGCCCAUAAUGACCAAAGUCCCCAAAUGACCACACUGGAUGAUUGUCAGCAAUCUGACCACAGUAGCCCCGUUUCAUCUGUGCACUCUCAUCCCAGCCAGUCAGUUCGUUCUGUUAAUAGUCCAAAUGUUGCUCCUUUAGAGAACAACUAUGCUCAGAUCAGCCCAGAUCAAAGUGCCAUUUCUGUGCCAUCUCUACAGAACAUGGAGACCAGCCCCAUGAUGGAUGUUCCCUCGGUUUCUGAUCAUUCGCAACAAGUGGUGGAUAGUGGGUUUAGUGACUUAGGGAGCAUUGAGAGCACAACAGAAAACUAUGAAAACCCAAGCAGUUAUGAUUCUACAAUGGGCAGUAGUAUCUGUGGAAACAACUCUUCUCAAAACAGUUGCUCGUACAGUAGCCUUACAUCUAGUAACCUAACACAGAGUAGCUGUGCAGUGACACAGCAGAUGUCUAACAUUAAUGGAAGCUGCAGUAUGAUGCAACAAACAAACAUCAGUUCUCCUCCCACUUGUAAUGUAAAGUCUCCCCAAGGUUGUGUUGUUGAAAGGCCUCCAAGCAGCAACCAGCAGUUAUCCCAGUGCAGCAUGGCCACUAAUUUUACACCACCUAUGCAGUUAACUGAAAUCCCCGAGACUGGCAAUGCCAACAUUGGAUUAUAUGAAAGAAUGGGGCAGAGCGAAUUUGGAGCGGGGCAUUACUCACAGCCAUCUGCCACCUUCAGCCUUGCCAAACUGCAACAGUUAACUAACACGCUUAUGGAUCAUUCUUUGCCUUACAGCCAUUCAGCUGCUGUAACUUCCUAUGCAAACAGUGCCUCUUUGUCCACUCCCUUAAGUAAUACAGGGCUUGUUCAGCUUUCUCAAUCUCCACAUGCUGUUCCUGGAGGACCACAAGCACAGGCUACCAUGACUCCUCCUCCCAACCUUACUCCUCCUCCCAUGAAUUUGCCACCUCCCCUUUUGCAACGUAAUAUGACUUCAUCGAAUAUUGGAAUAUCCCACACCCAAAGACUGCAGACUCAGAUGGCCAGCAAAGGUCAUGUUUCUGUAAGAACCAAAUCCACGCCUCUGCCACCUGCUGCUGCAGCCCAUCAGCCACAAAUUUAUGGGCGUGCUUCACAGACUGUGGCCAUGCAAGGGCCUGCGCGGACCUUAACAAUGCAGCGUGGUAUGAACAUGAGUGUAAAUCUGAUGCCAGCCCCAGCUUACAAUGUCAAUUCAGUGAACAUGAAUAUGAAUACCCUUAAUGCUAUGAAUGGUUAUAGUAUGUCCCAGCCAAUGAUGAAUAGCGGAUAUCACAGUAAUCAUGGGUAUAUGAAUCAGACACCCCAAUACCCUAUGCAGAUGCAGAUGGGGAUGAUGGGAACUCAGCCAUAUGCACAGCAACCAAUGCAGACAGCACCCCACAGUAACAUGAUGUACACUCCUCCGGGGCAUCAUGGCUAUAUGAAUACAGGCAUGUCUAAGCAGUCUCUUAAUGGAUCCUACAUGAGAAGGUAGGCCCUUUGGAGAGACAGACUACCAGACUGGCAUAUUGGAUUGAUCUGCACAAAUAUCUUUUGGAGAGUACGAUUUCAAAACCAGCAAUUGGUGUGAAUGCAAAAACAUUUGUUGGCACCAUAUAAAAGCUGUAUGCAGCAGAAAGCCUUAUACAAGUUUUUCUUUUUUCUUUGUUUCUUGUUUUAUUUUUCUGUUCAUUUUGGGGGUUUUUUGGUUGUUUGUUUUUUUUUUUUUUAACUGUGGUAUUUAACUUUUCUUUUUCCUUUGGGGGGAAUUAGGUGGUUUUCCAUUUUUGUUUGUUUCAUUGAGCUUGAAGUCCUCUGGAAAGGAAGAACUCUUUCUAUGAACUGCAAUUACACAGCA